AUGAUAGGCUCGCGCGCUACGGGGGCGGCGCGGGACCUGCUGCGGGGCGUGGACGUGCCGCGCUACGCCUUCGCGGGGGGCAAGGCGACGCUGAGCUGCUCGUACGACCUGAGCGCCACCCGCCUCUACUCCCUCAAGUGGUACCACAAUGGCACCGAGUUCUACCGCUACGUGCCCACCGAGCGCGAGCAGCCCAUCAACAUCCAGCCCUCGCACAUCUUCUCCGUCAAUGAGCUCUUUCGCAAUGACCAGCGGGUGACGCUCUCCCUCACGCACCUCACCGUCUCCGCCUCCGGCCUCUACCGCUGCGAGGUGAUAGCGGAACACCCGAGCUUCAGGACCGAGGCAGCCAGAGCUACCAUGGUCGUCUUGAGUGAGUACCGGAGGCGAGGCUGUUGGUGUUGUUUUCUUUUAGUUGUGCCUCUAUGGGUGUGGAUGGGGGUGGGUUCUUUACGUUUCUGUUCUCUUUUUUCAGUUUAGAGAGGGAAAGAUAAAGGGAAGAUAAAAGGAAGGUAGUAAACUGUUUUGUGAGAAAUGGAAGGAGAAAGGGGAACGUGUGAAGUCGCCAGUAAAGGAAAGGAGAAAGGUGAAAAUAAAAGGUAGAUAGUUAGAUUUUUGAAAAAGGGGAAGAUGAAAGGUAGAUAGUAAGUUUUGUGAGAAAGGUAAGGAAAUAUGCAAUGAUAAAAUGUAGAAAAUACGUAUGACAAAAGGGAAGGGAAGGCAGCAAGGUGUAUUAUAGGCACUCAUGCACUAACUACUCUUUUUGUGAAUUAAAGUCUUCGGUGUUUACUUCCUGUGUUGAAAUCUGUCUACUUUGUGUUCGUUGUUCAGUCUUUUAACGUUUGUUCCUCACAUCGAUUUUACUCUGUCAACCUAUUCACACGUAUCUCCUUUUUAUAUCCAACGCCUAUAUUGUCAAACUUUUUCGGGCGCAAACAACCACAUUUGAUAAGUCUUUCGUAGAGGUUCUGGGUAUUUAUUUCCAUGGGUUGUAAUAUUAGCCUAUUGAUAGUUUGACGAGGCUUUUUUCUGCACCGUGAAUGUAAAAUACACUCACGACGAAUCGAUUGAUCUUUUUGUGACAUUGGGGAAU